AUGCUCAUCCUCGCGUCCAGGCGCGCGUGUCGCUCAUUCGCGCGAGUUGACGUUAUCACGCGCGCGUCUUCGAGCGCACUCGCCUCGUCGUCCGCGAGCGCGUGCGCGAGCGUCGAUGAAGAGCGCUCGUCGAGGUCGUCGUCGACAUCUUUCGGAAACACGCGCUCGCGCCGCGCGCCUUCGCUCGAUCUCUGGACGACGUCGAACGGCGCGCGUUCAUUCGCGUCGUCCGCGGUGGAGCCCGAGAGAAAGGAGUCGAGGGAGCUCGAUGGAUCGAGCGGACGCGCGCAGUCUCCAGCGUCUGUUUCGAGCGACGCGCCGGCGCCCGAGGCGGAACGCACGUGGGUCGACGAGAUCGUACCCGCGCUCGCGGUCCCAUACGCGAAAUUAAUUCGGUUGGAUCGACCGAUAGGGACGGCGCUCUUGGCUUGGCCUUGCUUUUGGUCCAUCGCGCUCGCGGCGGAGGUCGGCGCGCCGCCGGACGCGCGGCUGCUCGGUUUGUUUGGAGUCGGGUCGUUUCUUUUGAGAGGGGCGGGGUGCACCAUCAACGAUCUAUGGGAUCGGGAUAUCGACGCAAAGGUGGCGAGAACGCGAAAUCGUCCGAUCGCGAGCGGGGCGGUGAGCGUGCCCAUGGCGGUGGCUUUUCUCGGCGCGCAGCUCGCGCUCGGCCUCGGCGUGUUGGUGCAGUUGAACGAUUACUCGAAAAUCUUAGGAGCGAGCUCGCUGGCGCUCGUCGCGGCGUAUCCAGCGAUGAAGCGCGUGACCAACUGGCCCCAGGCUUUCCUCGGGUUGACGUUUAAUUGGGGAGCGCUCCUCGGUUGGGCCGCCGUGCACGGUUCGUGCGACUGGGGGGCGGUGCUCCCGCUGUACGCCUCCGGUGUUGCGUGGACGCUAGUGUACGACACUAUAUACGCGCACCAGGAUAAACACGACGAUGCCAAGGUCGGGGUGAAGUCGACCGCGCUCCACUUCGGGGCGGACACGAAGAAGUAUUUAUCCGCGUUUGCGCUCGCGGGGACAUCCGCGCUGUGCGCGUCCGGAGCAUACGUGGGCCUAGACUAUCCAUUUUAUCUCGGCGUCGGGGCAGCGGCGUCGCAUUUGGCAUGGCAGAUUUCCACUGUUGAUUUGAACGACCGAGACGACUGCGCGGCGAAAUUUCGUAGCAAUUCGACGUACGGAGCCCUCGUGUUCGCUGGUAUAGUCGCCGGCAAGGUAUUUUGA